ACUAAAAACUGAAAGUAUCUCCCCAUGGUAGACUGUUCAGGCUGGUCCUUAGUCUCCAAUUGCUUCAGCUCUUUGUCAUUGGCUAGCUGGAUAUUUGCACAGUUACCCCAAAUCAUUACCAAUUACAGAAACCAGUCUGCCGAAGGAAUAUCUCCUACUUUCUUGUUGUUGUGGUUUAUGGGUGACUUUUUGAGCUUUUCAAGUUGUUUACUUAACGACGUGGUAUUGAAAUUUCAGCUUUAUUUGAGCUUAUUCUUCAUAUUAAAUGAUAUAACGCUAUGUACACAGUACUAUUACUAUAACAGUGUCUACCCAAAACAUCAUGGUGGUGUUUAUACCCCGUUAGAAAUUGCUCCUGAAGCUUUUGAUUCGGCUUCUAUUCAUGCUGAUGAUAACUCUGUCCACGUUCGUCAUCAUGCCGUUAUCGAUUCAAAUUCAUCCUCACUUUCACCAUCAGGAAAAUAUGAUUCUACAGGUUCAAGCCCUGUUCAGAAAACUAUCGUCACUGCUUCUUUAGUUGGAAUAGCUAAUUCAUUACCGAUACUAACCGUGAGAGCUGAUGAUACAUCAGUAGGGAUUCGAGGGGAACUGCUUGGAAUAUUUCUUGCUUGGUGUUGUACAGUCGUGUACAUAGCCUCUCGGUGUCCCCAGCUACUAAAGAACUAUCAACGAAAAUCAGUAGACGGAAUCAAUUCUAUAUUAUUUGGAGCAGCACUACUUGGAAACUUGACUUACACAUUCUCCAUUCUUACCAGUUGUGAGUUUGUGAACGGAGAUAACAAAUCGAUAUUUUUUAUGAAAGAGCUUCCAUAUAUUUUGGGUAGUGCUGGAACUUGCAUCUUUGACUUUUUAUACUUCUACCAAAGAAGGCUUUACAGGAAUGCUGGGAAAGAGACAAUCCAAAUGCGGAUGGAUAAUUUUGAAGGAUCCGACUCUGAAGUUUCAAGAACCAGUUAUGAAUCUAGUUCGUUGAUGUAGCGUAUAGAAAUAAAAUACCAAACUUAGU